GUCAGUCCGCUGCCUCUGCAGAGGAAGAUGGCGCCUCGAAAAGACAGGGUCUCUACACUGCCCCGGCUCCAGCUCCUAGUGUUGUUGUUGCUGCCGCUGCUGCUUGUGCCCCAGCCCAUAGCAGGUCAUGGUGGCAAGUACUCGCGGGAGAAGAACGAGCCCGAGAUGGCCGCCAAGCGCGAGUCCGGGGAGGAGUUCCGCAUGGAGAAGCUAAACCAGCUAUGGGAGAAGGCCAAGAGGCUUCAUCUGUCUCCCGUGAGGCUGGCCGAGCUACAUUCUGACCUGAAGAUACAAGAGAGGGAUGAACUCAACUGGAAGAAGCUGAAGGUGGAAGGCUUAGACAAGGAUGGCGAGAAAGAAGCAAAGCUGGUCCACAACCUCAAUGUCAUUCUGGCCAGGUACGGACUGGACGGGAGGAAGGACACCCAGAUGGUACACAGCAACGCACUCAAUGAAGACACCCAGGAUGAGCUGGGGGACCCCAGGCUGGAAAAGCUGUGGCACAAGGCAAAGACAUCAGGGAAAUUCUCCAGUGAAGAACUGGACAAGCUGUGGCGAGAGUUUCUGCACUACAAAGAGAAGAUCCACGAGUACAAUGUGCUGCUAGACACACUGAGCAGAACGGAAGAAGGUUAUGAGAACCUUAUCAGUCCCUCUGACAUGACUCACAUCAAGAGCGACACCCUGACCAGCAAGCACAGCGAACUGAAGGACAGACUGCGUAGUAUCAACCAGGGCCUAGACCGCCUGAGGAAGGUCAGCCACCAGGGCUAUGGCUCCACCACUGAGUUUGAAGAGCCCCGAGUGAUAGACCUGUGGGACCUGGCUCAGUCUGCCAACUUCACUGAGAAGGAACUGGAGUCGUUCAGGGAGGAGCUCAAGCACUUUGAGGCCAAAAUUGAAAAGCACAAUCACUACCAGAAGCAGCUGGAGAUCUCCCAUCAGAAGCUGAAGCACGUGGAGAGCAUCGGUGACCCGGAGCACAUCAGCCGCAACAAGGAGAAGUAUGUGCUGCUGGAGGAGAAGACCAAGGAGCUGGGCUACAAGGUGAAGAAGCAUCUGCAGGACCUGUCCAGUAGGGUCUCCAGGGCUCGACACAAUGAGCUCUGAGGGCCAGAAGCCACCAGCAGCAGCCUAGAGAGGCUCUUGAAGACACCGGGAGGGAGCUGUCAGCAUGUCAUCGCUUAUGUAGUCCUGUGGUGACUGGUGUGGCUGGCCAGAGUGGCGAAAGGAUCCUUUGAAAUACCAGUCUGAUCCUGCAGUGGCUGGCAAGGACUUCUUUUCUUCCAAGCAAGUGUAGCUGCCAUCACCCUGGUUGAGGGACUUGGGUGUAGCUACCAGUGAGAUAUGACUGGCCUCCGUGCUGCAGCGAGACAGUUUACAUUGACAUUACAUACGUCUGCCACUGGAAAUGUUAUGUACAGUCCUAAAAUAUAUGGCAGGGUUUUGAGCCAUCUAGUCCUUGCCUGGUAUCUUGGGAUGGGUCCAUUGAACCAAAGGUGGCACCGUGACAAAUUAAGUUACAGAUGAAAGAGGGAAGGGGAAGACUAGUCUCCCUCCCUCUGGGUCUGACCCCAGGCAGUUUUAAAUCAAGGAAUUUCAGGACAAAGAUGGCAGAGGUGAAAGCCUGCAGGUCUCGUAGGGGGAACAUUUUCUGCCUCCCAAAAGACCCUGAUUGGCUGAUCCAGAUCUGAUCCCUCACAGAGUAGCCAAAAGUUCAUCUGACCCCAGCAGGUGGUCCUGGAAAAUCAGACCAUUGAGUUUGUUAGCUUCUGGAUCUCAGCUCAGAAGUUGAAAUCUGCCUAUCAGGAGUAUGCAGUUAACCGUGUUUAUAAGAAUAUCAAAGCUGGAAAGAGGUUCAGUGAAUAGAAUGCUUGUCCUGCAAGCUUGAGGUCUGUAGUUCGGAUCUGCAGAGCCUUGGUGUGUGACUUGCCUGUAGUCCCAGCACUUGAGAGGCAGGAAAGUACAGCCAGGGCAAGCUGGUUAGCUAUCCCAGCCAAAUAAGCAAAGGUGGAGCAUGAUGGGAGAAGGCACCCAUUUUGAUGCGUGGACACACUUUCAUGUAUACCUAUACACAAGUGAACACUCACGGGCAAAGCCUCCAGGGCAUCAUGCAAGAAGCCCAUGGGUUAAGCACAUCAGCAGCAAGGAACAGCAGGCAGUGUGGUUCCCUCACCCACGCUGUGUCUGCCACCAUCCAGACCAGCUGGGAUGUCCCUCCCAGCACUAGUAAAUAUCUUCCCAGAGCCCUCAGCAGUGUCUGAGUCCCAGAGAAGUGUCUCAGUUCUCCCUUUCUGGUUCAGCCCAACACAGAAACUCGGGUACCCACCAAGGCCUCCUGUGCUACACAGCCCAGGGGACUGGGAUGACACUGGGCCCCUGACACCAGGCUCAGAGUCAACUGCAGGGAGAAUGUUUGGCUAUCGGACACACCUUCACUAAUGUUUUCGUCCCUAGAGCCAGAGGUCAGAACUGCGUUCUAGGGCUUAGAAGUAGACGUGUUGAAGUAAAAUGUGUUUGUAGCAGUACACAGCCCAGCAAACCAUCUCAGUGUAAGUAAUACAGAGCCCACAGCUGAGUUAGGGAGCAUGUGUGAUGUGUGGGAGCUGCCUCCUGGAGCUGACCUCAGUCAGGAGGCCACUCCUGACUAAGCUCUCAGAGGUCAGACCCUGCAAAUCUCCCUGAGUGUGACUCCCAUAGCAAGGGAACCUCAAGCUACAAACCUCAAUGAGGUUCUGAGUAACAGUGCUCUGCCAUGGUGACCUAGCAAAGGUGACUGAAAGUCCCCAGGCUGGCAGGUCAUCAGUCACCAUAUGGUGAAGGAGAACAGGUUCAUGCAAGUUGUCCUCUGGCUAUGUGUGCCGUGGCACAUGGGUUCAAACAAUGAAUAAAAUGUCUUAAAACAUU